GGCUCCCAUUAACAACAACAGUUUUACCGUUUAAAUUAAUAAAGGAACCUUUUUUCUUGUCUUACCGUUCAUUCCUCUGCAUCCAUUAUCGUUGCUUUUUUUUUUCUUUUCCUUCCCUUUCCUUACUGUCUCCUGAAAAAAAACAAAAAAAGCUUCGAUGAUGGAAACUUUGUAGCUUUUUCAGUCCUUGCCUGCUAGAAACUUAGCUCCUAUUUCAAUUCAUCACUCUACAAUUUGAUUGUGCUUAAUGGGCAGUAACCGAUUAAGUUCCUUGUUUAAACCAUUGUCUGGGAGGCAAUAGCAAAGAUGUUUGGUAAAAAAGCUGGAACAGAGGAGUUGGAAGCCUUCUAUCCCAUAAGACCAGAAUGUGUAGCUGAAAUUCCAAAGACCCGCUUUAAGCCCAGGGCAGGGAAAACUCUCAGUGCAAGAAGAUGGCAAGCGGCAUUCUCUGAAACCGGUUGCCUGGAUAUUGCAAAAGUUCUUAGACGGAUCCAAAGAGGGGGUAUUCACCCUUCAAUCAAAGGGUUAGUCUGGGAGUUCCUGCUAGGUUGCUAUAAUCCUAACAGUACCCUUGAGGAUCGGAAUCAGCUUAGACAGCAAAGGAGGGAGAGGUAUAGCAUGUGGAAAACUGAAUGUCGGAACAUGGUGUCCGUCAUUGGUAGUGGAAAUUUCAUUACAACACCAAUUAUCACUGAUGAUGGCCAACCGAUAGAAGUUGAAGGUUGCCGCGUGACAAGUGCUGUCUCAGACAAGAAAGUGGCUCAGUGGAUGCUUAUAUUGCAUCAAAUUGGUUUGGAUGUUGUUCGAACUGAUCGAGCACUUGCCUUUUACGAGGACAAAGCUAAUCAGGCAAAACUUUGGGAUGUUCUUUCUAUAUACUCAUGGGUAGAUGAUGAUAUUGGUUAUGUUCAAGGAAUGAAUGACAUAUGCUCUCCAAUGGUAAUUCUUCUAGAAAAUGAAGCAGAUGCAUUUUGGUGUUUUGAGCGUGCGAUGCGAAGAUUGAGGGAAAAUUUUAGGUGCAGUACAACUUCAAUAGGAGUGCAAUCCCAGCUUGGUACACUUUCACAAGUAAUUAAAACUGUUGACCCUCAGCUUCAUAAACACCUUGAGGAUCUAGAUGGCGGGGAGUAUCUGUUUGCAUUUCGCAUGCUGAUGGUACUUUUCCGGAGAGAGUUUUCCUUCGUCGAUGCAUUGUAUCUUUGGGAGGUGAGAGGAAAGAUCCCGUUUAUAUCCAGCAAAUCUGAUGUAAUGUGGGCAAUGGAGUACAACCCUAAUAUCUUCUGGUCAUACGAGCAGCCCGACGGAGCUUCAGAUAGCAACUAUGGACAAUUAAAUCAGAAGAUGCUAAAGCAGUAUGGGAAAUUUCAAAGGAAAAACUUGGAGACUGGGUAUGCGGAUAAAAACAAUGCACUUGCUGUUUUCCUUGUUGCAAGUGUUCUUGAGACCAAGAAUAAGCAGAUUCUAAAGGAGGCCAAGGGUUUGGAUGACGUUGUCUCAAUAUUGGGUGAUAUUACUGGAAACUUGGAUGCUAAGAAAGCAUGUCAAGAGGCAUUGAAGUUACAAAACAAGUACUUGAAAAAGGCCAAGAGACCAUAGCUGCAGAUCAUCAAAUUUCUAUUCCUCUACUCGAAAAUUUUGUAUUCAUUUUCUCUUGCUUAGUUUUCCAUGUAUUUGAGGUUUCUUUUUUUCCCUUCAAGUUGCACUAAAUUUCUCUUUCUACCUAGGUUAUAUAUAAUAUAUUAAUUCUUUUUGAA